CAAAGAAGUGAUGUAUACUUUUUAAUUUCAAAAUAACUACCAUCCCACAGUGUUUUCUUUAAUCUUCUGAGGUUUGUGGUUGCCGUGUAAAUGUGCCGAAUGACAGCCAGAAACAGACGGCUUCCCCCAAAAACAACAGCUGCCCUUGAAAAUGAACCCCAACAGCGAGCCUGAGGCGACACUGAUCCAAUCUAGGGAAACUCGAGUGUGUGGGACAGUCUGGACACAGUCCUCUCUGUCUGACCUUCUUUAAAGUAGGUAUUAUUAAAAAGUAUCGUCCUUCAAGUAGCACAAAAACUUAUGACAGGUCAUUGUGAGAAUACCCAUCAAGAUAGCGUUUAAUAGAAUCUGAAUCUAGGUCUACUAAUCUAUUCAGUCUAUGUCUUUGGUUAUGAUUACUUUUAGAUAAAUGGUUCGAAGUCAGUUAUGCUGCACUAAUCAUUAGUUUCAUAUAAAACAUAGCUUUGCUACAAUAGAUUACACAUUGUCUAUACACCUGCUUUAAAUUCAAGCCAGGCAUUCUGCAAAACCACUUUCUAGAGGGACUGCAACAGUAACGGACAUGCAGUAAGUUUUGUAAUCACUAUUUUCAUAUCUUUUAAUGUUUCAGACAUAAGUUUUCAUAAUACUUUUUAAGUAAAAACAUUUCAAAUUCUUUUGUAAAUUUAUAAAGGACUUGAAAUAUCCUAUUUGACAUUCAGGUCCUUCCCUUAGAAUUUAGUUGAAGCACCUUUUGCAGCACUGACACUUUAAAGUCUUCUUGGAAAUGAUCCUACAAGCUUGGCACACCUUUCUUUUGGAAGACUUUCCCAUUUUUCUUGGCAGAAUCAUGUAAGCCCCAUCAGGUUGAAUUGGGAGCGUAAGUGCACAGCCGUUUUCAGGUUUCUGCAAAGAUGCUGUUUGAGGUGCAGUUGUGGUCUCCGGUUUGGCCACUCAACGACUUUCAAAUAGGUUUCUCAAAACCACUUUGUUUUUUCUUGGAGAUACGCUUCAUCUUCUGGAAAUGUUAACCUUUGCCCAAAAAUGAGAUCCUAAAUAUUCUGAAACAGAUUUUCUCUCAGGCUUACUCUCUAGGUUUCUAUAUCUUUCCCUUUAAUGCAACUCUCAGUCCCUGUUACAGUAUAGGGACACAUCCCCACAGCAUGUUGCUGCCAAUACAUGUUUGACUGUAGAGUUUCCUCCACAUGCACUUUGGGAACACAUACUAUAUUUUCAUUUUUUUCAGCCCUGAUGAUUUUGUUUCUAGUGGCUUGAGAGUCAUUCAGUUGCCUUUUGGCAAACCUGCACUUCCAUUGGCUUUUAUGUAAGGAAUGACUUCCAACAGGCCAGCUCACAGUAAAGGCCCACAUGACAGAGGGCUGCACCAGUGGUUGUACUAUGGCAAAGUUCUCCAGUCUCCACCAGGGUGUACUGCAUCAUCUAUACCUAUUCAUUCACAGUUGUUCUUUGUUUCUAUUAUUGAAUUUGACUGUACACUGAGAAUGUCACGGUUCUGGGUCAGUUUGACCCAGUAUUUUGAGUUGUUAUGUUUUGGUUUAUUUUUGCAUUAUGGAUUAUUUUCUGAUGUUCUGGUGCUUUGUUUAUUAUUAUUAUCAUUAUAGAUCUGUUUCAGUUAUUCUUGUAGCCCAUAGCCCAGUGUCCAGUGUUCCCGGCUCAGCAGCCACCCGUAGCCCAGUGUCCAACUCCACCACCGCUUUCAUCUCAAAUUCAGUCACCCGUAGCUCAGUCUUCACCCCCGCUACCCAUAGCUCAGUCUCUACCACAGUCAGACUUUCUGCAAACCUUGUUACAGUCCAUAGCUCAGUCAGUAGCACAGUUAGUAGAGGAAUCAUUAGCUUUGUCAACUGCUCAGUCAGCCACUCAUCUUCACCCUCAGUCAGGGGUCCCUAUUGCCUCUGGUCCUGCAUCUGCUCCAGCUGGAGGGUCCGAGCAGCCCGUCCAGCCUCAUGUCUCGUCAGCUGGAGGGCCCGAGGAGCCCGUCCAGCCUCAAGUUUCGUCAGCUGGAGGGCCCGAGGAGCCCGUCCAGCCUCAAGUAUCGUCAGCUGGGGGUUCGGGAGAACCCAGCCAGCCUAAAGUGUCGUCGGCUGGAGGGCCCGAGGAGCCCAGCCAGCACAUCCUCAUGUCUGCUGACGGUCCAGGGAAGUCUGUUCAGCCAUCACCUGCUGAAUCAUCACCUGCGACUUCUACAUCGUCACCUGCACCAUCACCGCCUGCAGCAUCCACAUCGUCGCCUGCAGCAUCACCGCCUGCAGCAUCCACAUCGUCGCCUGCAGCAUCAUUGCCCGCAGCCGUCCCGCUGCCGUCAGGUUCCGCAGCCGUGUCUUCAUUCACGCCUGGUCCAGCGUCCGUGUCUUCAUCCACGCCUGGUCCAGCCUCCGUGUCUUCGCCUUCGUCAGCUUCAUCCUCGUCAGCUUCAUCCUCGUCUGGUCCUGCCUCGUCUGGUCCUGUGGUUGCCACACCGUCAUCAGUUCCAGCUCGUCCUGUUCCGCCUCACCUCUGCCGGCCGCUUUCCAGGCCCCUAGCUGGGCGUCAUGGCCGUCGAGGCCGGCCUCCUGAGAGAGUUCGUCGCCACUGCUGGCUUCGCGGUCGGCCCCCGGACCUGCUUUGUCGCCGCCACUGCAUGCCACGUGGCCGGCCUCCUGAUUGGUUUUGUCUGCGCCGCCGCCGUUGCCGUGUGCACGGUCGGCCCCCAGAACUGUUUCCCCGUCGUUGCCGUAGCUGUCCGCAUGGUCGGCCCCCUGAACUUUUCGUGGACUCAUGGUUUGACCCUGUGUAGUGUAUUUCUGGACUUGUGCUCCUUGUGUUUUGUUUUGUUUCGGUUGACCGUAAAUUGUAGAAGCAUCCCAAGGAGCUUAUUGAAGUUUUUAACUUUAUUAACACUUCCAUAUGGAUUUCUAACAUGCUAGGAGCCCCUGUGCACUAAUGACAACCUGAAAAGAACACAGGUUUGGACACCCUGGGUUUCAUAAGCAAACCCAAGGCAGUGGGUUUAACCUGUUGGUUCUGAUUAUGUUAGGUUCAUUUAAUAAUCACGUAGAAGGCUCAUAUCACCGAUGUGGACUCAAUGUUUCAGCUCAAUGUGACAGUCAGGACUGCCGUUGUGCUACUCUCCUCUGAUCUCUCAGAUCUGUUGUGAUUGUAAGUGCAAUUAAAGCUUCCCAGCAAGUGUUAUUCAAUCUAAAUGCUCUGUUGGUGACAACAGUUUUGUUUGCUUGUUGUUAUUGUUGUGGUUCUUGUGGUUGUUGUUCAAUGUGCUCAUGUCACUGUGCUUAUUUUUGAUCAAUUAUGUGGAAUAUUUUUCUCCC